AUGGCAGACGAAGAUGUCGUGGAUUUUCUAAAUGCUUGGGAUCUCUCACAAUAUAUUCAAAUAUUUCGAGAAAAUGAAAUAGAUAUUAAGACAUUAGGAUUGCUAAGUGAUGAUAUGAUAAGAGAGUUGGUACCCAUUAUUGGUCAUCGAGCUAAAUUGAAAACUAAUAUUGAUCAAUGGAGAUUAAUUAUACAAGGAAUGACAGGAUCCUCAGAAAUUAAUUUUGAAACAGAGCUAAAUCAAAAUUCAAGUGAAGAACAUACCAACUUAAAGCCUACACUAACGUCAACUACUUUGUCAGCUGAGAAUCAUAUUUUAAUAAAUCUGUACGAUUUGGGAGUAGUGCAACAAAGUGAACAACAGUCUAAAGAAGUACCAAGUUCACUGCAAUCACCAACAAAUGUAAAUACAUUAAACAUUUUACAUUUUAUUUCAACAAAUCAACUCUCUAUCACCUGUUGUCUCUGUAAUUUACUUUUUCAUAAAAACUGUGUCUUUAAUACUUCGGAUUUAAAUUCGUGGAAGUGUCUAUACUGUUCACAAAAUAUGUCUCCAACAGUUACAAAAAAACCUGUUAGUUUAAGUCUUGAAGAACUUAUUAAAUCAGUAAAGUCUCUGGAAAGUAAGUUUACCCAGCAAGAAUCUAAAAUUACAAAAAAACUUGAUGAGACCCUACAAUUAUUGAAUAAUGUUAUUUCGGAAAAUAACACGUUAAAGGAAAAAAUCUCUGUCCUCGAAAAAAAAAUUACGUAUUUUGAAAAAACAGACUUUUGUAGCGAAGUAUCUGAUAGAGAUCGCAGGAAGUGUAAUAUUAUUAUUUUCAAUGCUCCGGAAUGCACCUCUGACAGUGCCCCUGACGAAUUAAUUCUAGUUAACUCAAUUUUUUCUUCCCUAAACUUACCCAUAAAAGCUCUAAAUGCUAUACGACUUGGUAAUAAUUAUAACAAACGUCGUCCGCUUAGGGUGAAUCUACCUGAUGUUAACUGUGUUAAUCAGAUCCUUAAAGCAAAGUCUAAACUCCGUAAUAUUGAAACGCUGAAACACCUAAAUAUUGAUAUUGAUAAAACCAAGCUUCAACAAGAACAGUUCAAGGCUGUCUGGAACACGCUGUCAGAAAGAAAAAGUCGCGGUGAAACAAACAUUCGAAUCGAACACUUUUCUUCGGCCUACUCACACAUUUGUCCAUCAACUGAUGAUUUAAAGGUUACGAUCGCCGAUUGUAUUGAUCUAUCAAAAAUCGACAUUACUGUUCAAGAAGUUUUCUUAGCACUAGAAAAAUGUAAACUUAAUAGCUCACCUGGCCCUGACGGUAUUCCGGAAAUAGUUUUAAGCCAAUGUAGGUAUGCUUUAACGCUUCCUUUACACUACCUUUUUUCUCUGUCACUGUCUUCAGGCACAUUUCCAGACUUAUGGAAAUCCUCUUAUGUCCAGCCAGUUUUUAAAAACGGCGAUCGCUCUAAUAUUAUUAACUAUCGUCCUAUCAGCAUUAUGUCAUCAAUUCCUAAGUUAUUAGAAUCUAUUUUACUUCCUAAAUUAAACUUCUCUUUUUCUAAAUAUAUAAUUCCACAACAAUUUGGUUUUCGUCCACAUACUUCUACUUCUUCAAAUUUAGUUGCAUAUCAUAAAUAUUUAAUGGAUGUUAUUGAAAAAGGUGGUCAGGUCGAUGCUAUAUAUACUGACAUUAGUAAAGCGUUCGACACUAUUAACCACGCUGUGCUGAUUCGUAAGUUAGAGUUGAUGGGUGUUAAUAAUCUCAUGUUAAAAUGGUUUAGUUCAUAUAUAUCUUGUAGAUCUCAAAAGGUAAGGCUUCACGGUUAUGUUUCUAAUAAUAUCUCUAUCCCCUCAGGUGUCCCACAGGGAGGUCAUAUUUCACCACUACUUUUUAUAUUGUACAUGAAUGACGUUGGCUUAGUUUUUAAACAUGCACAGUUUAGUAUGUUUGCCGAUGAUUUAAAACUAUUUUAUAAUAUUAAUUCAUUAGAUGAUGGCUCUAAAUUACAAGACGACUUUGAUAAUUUCAAAGCCUGGUGCUAUAAUAAUGGUUUACAAGUUAACAUUAAUAAAUGCAAUUCCAUCUCUUUUUAUCGUAACAAAUCUCCGUUCAAUAUUGCUUAUUACUCCGACAAUUACCUUUUACCUAAAGUGGACUCUAUUAAAGAUCUUGGAGUUAUUUUUUCUAGUUCACUCUCUUUUACUGCGCACAUUCAAUCAAUAACUAUAAAAGCAUCACGAUCACUUGGCUUUAUUAUCAGAAACACUCGCGAUUUUAAUAACAUUGUAUCAUUAAAAAUUCUUUAUUUCGCUCUAGUACGUUCAGUACUUGAAUAUUGCUCCAUUUUGUGGAACCCUUACCAACUUGUAUGGAUAAAUAAAAUCGAAAGAGUUCAAAAUAAAUUCCUAAGAUUUAUUAAUACAAAAAUUCCUAACAAUUGCAUAAUAAUUGAUCAUUGCUAUGAACCACUUAGAAGACUGGAUGAUGUACACAACUUGCUCAAAAGUACAAACGAAGGGAAGUCAUUAUUAGCUAGUUUUGGACAAAGUGGACUACUAGAUAGUGUAGGCCGUAGACGUCUCUGUAAUCUUAUUAUAAAUAGAGAACUUAAAGAUGAUGCACAGAAGCGUGUUUUAUCUACAAGACUUCAAGACCUGGCCUAUCAAAUAACCUCAGUUUUUCACCAAGAGCGAAAACUACUAGACUGCCUAAAUAACAGGAGAAGAGAAUAUCGAAAGUCUGGGUUAAUACAAACAUCAAGAAGAAGUUCGACAUCCUCUUCUUCUAGUAGUUCUUUUUCCUUGUCAAAAGGACUCCAACACUCUGUUGAGGAGGAAGAUGAAGAAUUACAUUCAUCUGUAGAGGAAGGGUUGAAAUGGUUACAAAAUUCCAGUGACCCAUGGGAAUUAGUGGAAAAGAAUUGGGAUAUAACCACUAAUGUACGCUUAAAGAAGCUGAUGUCAAAAAAUGGUCAGUCAAUUGCAAAGUAUAUGGAAGAAUAUCCAGCUCUUAAGAAACCAUCAGGCUAUCUACUUAUUUUAAAAGAUUUCCAAGUGUCUUAUCCAGGCAAAGAAAAUAAAUUGUAUCAAAACCUGAUCAUUUACAAAAAUAAUAUUUUUGAGUUGCUUAGAGCUAAAGUGAAUAAAACAAGAGAUGAAACUGUGAAUAACAUUUUGAACAAAUAUAUAAAACUAUAUCUUGAAGAAAACGAGGAAAUCUCUAAUAUUAUCACACUUUUAAGUCUCUCAUUCCUCAUAAGUGUUUCCAGCACAAGAAGCAAGAAGUCAAAAAUUUGGAGACCUUCAAAAAUCGAAGUGAGGGAUGGUUUUAUAACUCACGUGCGUAGUGAUUCUGAAAUCCAAGAAACUAUUACAAGAAGAAGAAGCAAGUUGAUUGAAUUUGGCCAGACAUUACAACCCUUUGUUAUUAUAGUUGGUCACAGUUUAAAAGAAAUUUCAUCAUAUUUGGUUGUUGUGGAUAACACAUUCUACCGAUUAAACUCUAUAAUAGCAUCUGUAGACUGCUGCUUCAAAAUAUUUUUAACUCUUAACGCUGAAUAUCCUGUUGAAUCAUCGGGAAUUUGGUAUUUCAUUCAAAGAGGUUUAUACAAUUUAAAAACACCAUGGGACAAAAAUUACACAGCUGUGAACGCAUUCAUGUCAGAUGUUGGUAUUCGUCACACCGAAGAUGAAUAA